AUGUACGCUACUCGUAUCAUGCGGCUGCAGGCCACCCGGCCUUACUUCUUCCCGGCUCCUAAGGAGAACCACAGUGCUCACACCAUCUCUCAGCGCCUGCGCAACCUGAAGAAGAUCCCCCCGGAGUUGAUUCCUCUUGGUGUUGUCCUUGCUGUCGCCCUUGGAGCUGCGGGUUACUCCCUGACCAACAAGCUCUUGACCGACAAGACCCUGCGUCUCUACCGCAACAGCCCCGAGCAGCGUGAGCACUAG